AUGGCGAAGGCUCAGCGGGGUGAGGUCGUGUCAUUGGAGCUCCCUGCACCUGCCUCUUGGAAAAAAUUGUACAUGCCAAAGAAGGGAACGCCAAGGAAGAAUGAAGUAUCAUUUGUUGCUCCUACUGGAGAGGAAAUUAAUAACCGAAAACAGCUGGAGCAGUACUUGAAGUCUCAUCCUGGAAAUCCUGCAAUAUCAGAAUUUGAUUGGAGCACUGGUGAGACUCCAAGAAGAUCAUCAAGGAUCAGUGAGAAGGCAAAGGCCACGCCUCCAUCUAAAGAAAGUGAGUCGCCUAAUAAACGGAGGAAGAAAGCAUCAGGUACACGGAAAGACAAAGAGACGGACACUGGAAAAGAGGAAUUGGAAGGGAAGAAAGAAGUUGAGAAACAAGAUGAAGAAGUUGAUGAGAACAAAGAACAAGAAAAACAAACUGAUAAUCUGAUGGGUUCUGAGAAAGGCCCCAAGGAAAAUCCUGGUAUGGAUGUUGAGAUGCACGGUGAUAACCAAGGGAAGAGUGUCAUUGUUGAGAAAGGUGGGAAUGAUAAGGAUGAACCUACCGACAAAACUAACGAGGCCGAAGAUACUUCAAAGGUGGAAGAGAAGCCAGUUACUGGGGCUGCAGAAAUUGGAAGCCGCUGA